UUGCUCUGCCUCAAACUAUGACCAGCCCAAACUGACAUUUGUCUAAUUUCAGCUUACCAAACAAACAUCUACAUUAAAUUUUUUGCACAUCAUGUCUAGAAUGAGAUGUUAGCGAUCGGGCUAGCGGCUGUUUUGGCUGCUCUUUUCAUCUGCUGCUCCGGCGCGUCGGUCAACUAUUGUGGGGCUGCGAUGUGUGGAAUGUCUAAUGCUCACACGUUUUGUCAGUAUACUGUGGGUCCUGGUCCCAAAUGUACCGGUUACAUAGACGACCGUCUCUCGGGCGAGGAGAAGACGCGUUUGAUUGGUCGCAUGAACCGCCGUCGUAAUGAGGCAGCUCAAGGCAAAUUACAACUGCCUGCAGCUAGCAAUAUGCUUAAACUGCGUUGGGUCGAAGAGUUAGCUCGAGAGGCACAGGUAUGGGCAGAUCAAUGCAACCCACCUAGCUUUCCCGAGGGACAUGAUGCAUGCAGGGAUCUGUUUUCAAUAACAGUAGGUCAGUGCGUGGCGUCAGUGGUGGGUGAAGCGCCCGGCCUCCGACCAGAGUCAAUGGUCGACAUGUGGUACUUGCAGGGCCGACAGAAUGCCAUACCCACGGAUGACAAGAACUAUCCAAUGGACUUCGCGCAAAUGUUAUGGGCACACACGUACUUAGUCGGCUGCGCCAGAAGCCAGUUUAUGAUAGAGCAAAACGGCCGUCUCCGUACAGUAACACGGUUGGUGUGCAACUUCGCACCGCGCGGGCCGGAGGGCCCGAUGUGGAUCCCAGGAACGCCUGCAUCCGCCUGCCCGGCUCGUUCGGGGCCUGACCCGGUGUUUUCUGGACUUUGUACCUUCCAUCACGACGCCACCUUUACGUAUGAUGCCAGUAAUACAACAGUAUUAAAGGAACAGUUAGUAUUGGAUACAAUCCUGGAAAUAGAGAAAAAUGAUUCUUUGAACUAUCAUGGCAGCUUGGACCAAAUAUAUUUGACAAAAAUGGUGGCAGCAAGUAUAAAUUAUCCAAGUGAGCAGCCGUAUCAACAUGAUUUCACAGAGAAGAAUGACAGAGUUGAAGCCGAUAUUCCAGAUUAUAAGGAAGACAUGAUAAAUGUUACUGACGAUAGUACGAUAACUGAUUACAGCUACGAUAAUGUAACCACAAAAAUAGUAAACGAAUCAACUGAAGCACGAGUAACCAAAAAAAUAUUUAGUACAGUUGGAAGACCGAAAUCAUAUAUCAUAGAGGAGCUCAAUGUAGUAAACAAGGAUACUGAAAAUGGAACAGAAAAUUCAGUGCCUGUCAAAGAAGAUAAUAUUUACAAUGAUUACGAUCUUGACGACAUUGUAGAGAGAAAUGAACGGGAUUAUAUUGCGACUGUGACAGAAAGCAGCGUAACAACUGCAACACCAUCAGUUGUAAUCGAACGCAUCACAGAAACUAUAAGAUCAACAAGAAGCUCAAUAACUUCAACAUACAUUUCGGAAUCAACAAUAGCAACUUAUUCAAAUGACGGUGAAAUAAAUAAUAUCACCGUUUACCCAGACGCAGAUGUCCAAGCGAUGACUCCCUAUGUUCAAAAUGAUAUCCUUAAAAGACUGCUAGAUUUAAGUGAAAAAAAUGACCAGAAUCCGUCAGACCCUGAAACGGCGCGAGAACUGGAAGAGGCAUUGGAAAACAUGGAGAAAGCUCUCUCAUCUCCACCAGUUUCCAGUAAGGUUCGCCGAGAUUUACGUCAACCACAAGAAUCUAAAGCUACACAAGAGCAAAAAGAGAAUGAACCAAGACCACAAAAAGAGCUUCCGAAAGAGCUAACCCAAGCCCAAAACUUGAAAGACAUCGGCACACUCGACUCAGCUCCGAUCAUGUCUAUAUUGACAAAAUACGCUCCGUUGCUAAAAAGCUAUGAAAACAUUUUCAAACGAAGCGAUGCAUCAAAUACCACCCUUAGUUUAGUAGUUUUGGUGUUAGGGUUCUUAGUUUCAAACAGUUUGUAAACUUAAAUAAACAAGAGUCCAACCAUGGUAAAUCAAAAAUCUAAUAUCCUUUAUUUUUAAGCAACAAAGGCUCAUAGAUACCGAUAACAUACAUACAAUAAUGAUUCAAGCUAAGUUUACAACGAUUGGUAGUAACAAAUACAUAUUCCAUAGGCAAUCUUGAUUAAGCACCUAGCAUGAAAACUUAGCGUGGUUGGACUCUUAUAAAUUUCCCCGAACAACAUUUCGAAGAAUUAGAAAUAUGUAACCCCCUAUGGAGCAUCUAUCCAUCUAUCAAAUGUGACUGCUUUAAUCUACAAUUUAAUCAACUUUCCAUUUGUGACGUUUGGAUUUUGUUCAUCAAUCUUCUUACCGUUUAAGAUAAACAUCUUCAAAUCGAUUUAGGGG